UAUGAAACUGGCCCCAAAAUAAUUCUUAGGCUUCUGAAAUAAUAUUUUAGAUUGAGAUUCUAUAAUAAGCCGAGGAGGGGGCAACUUAUUUCCACAGCCAGCCAUAAGCCCCAAAAGAACAGGCCCCUAGUAUGAUGGUUGCUAGAAAUAAAGAUUAAAAUCUAGGUUUAACUUCCCUGUUAACCAGCGAUAUGCAGAAUUUUGUUUUUCCUUCCUUUUCGAUUUCAUGUGCAUUAUCUUUUAUUUUAUUUUUUGUAUUUUUCAUUUUUGUUCCUAUUUCUUUUUCCCACUUUCUAUUUUUACUUUGCCAUUUUUAUUUCACAAAAUUAAAUAUACACAUUUUGAAAAAUGUUUUUAAGAUGUGUACAUAUAUUUUAAAUUAAAUAAUUUGUUAUAAUGCAAGACCACUUUUAGAAUCAUAUUGAAGAUAUUAUUGACGUAAGCAUUUCAUAAAUGCAUGAAAACCCUUUAAAUUACAUGAACAUUUUAUAAAAUGCAUGGACACUAUUGAGUUACAUGAAAACUUUUUUUUAAUGCGCUUACAAUUUUUUAAAUGACAUGAUCGAUUUUCAAAAUAUGUGGAUAUUUUUUUAAUUACUGGACAUUAAAAAAAUAUGCAUACAAUUUAAACUAAAUGAAGUUUUUUCCUUUUAAAACUCUUUUCACUCGGUUAUACGGAGUUAUGGAGAAAGAUGUUUUCGAAAUAAAUAUAGCGGGAACAUUUCCGAAAUUAUAUAUAGAUGGAGAAAAACAAUGCGAGAGGGGUGCCUAGGUUAGCACGCAUUUCGGCCCAGAACACGAGAGGCCGGAUGACCGUCCAGUCUAUCUGGUCUCAAUCCUCAAUCAAAAAUAAAAAGGAAGUCUAUCUGGUCUCUGAAUUCACCGGAGGGUACGACUGUCUUCUGUUUCCGGCGUCCCAGUCGCAGGAGGAAUCGAUCUGUCCCAACAAAAGAGAGAGAGAGAGAUCGAUCUAUCAUCAUCGAUGGACCAUGCGGCGCCGCGGGCGAGGGAUUGGUCGUUGCUCCCCCUCGACGUUCUCUCCUCGAUCUUCAUUCGGAUCGGCGCCGUCGACGUCCUCAUGGGCGCCGGCCUGGUGUGCCGCUCGUGGCUCGAGGCGGCGAAGCUGCCAGAAGUGUGGCGGGCCGUGGACAUGGACAAGCACGAGGUCGUGUUCACGAAGUGUAACGUUGUCCUGCGCGCAAUGGCGAAGGCGGCCGUCGACCGUGCCGACGGGCAGCUUCGGUCGUUCGCCGGCAAGCUGUUUGUCACCAAUGAGCUCAUCAAGUAUAUCGUGGAAAGGUGUUUUUUCUUGCCUUACUUAGCUUUCUGUUCCAAGUUUUGUUACUUAUUACUAUCAAUUACAGCUCUGCCUCAGUCAAAAACCCCGUACUACUCCGUCCUGUACUGCAUCCCUUUGAAGAACAUUGUUUUCAUAUUCACUCCUUUCAAAACAUUGCACUACUGUUUGCAGAUCACCCUCGCUGACUAGCCUUCGUCUCGUUUCCUGCCAUGUCCACUACCUCGCCAGUGUUAUGCAAGAGUCGCCUCCGAUGGAGCUGCGUUCCCUUGAGCUCGACGACACUUACCUCACCGUUAAAGACCUGACGUCUGUCGUCGAGAGCUGCCCUCUCCUAGAGGUUCUUCGGGUGCGCAACUGCGUUCAGGUCUAUAAGAAAGACGAGCAGGCCCUGCGAGCGAAAUUCGCUAGGAUUAAGACCCUAAAGAUUGAGCGUGAUGGCGCUACAGUUAGUAUCCAUAAUUGAGAGAAUGUGCCAAAAUAGCAUUCCCUUAAAAAUAAUCAGUCACUCAGGUGUAUAGGGCGUGGACAUGCUUCUAGGUCGGUAAUUUGAGUGCGAUGAUUUGUUUCACUACAGUCCCGACUAUUUCGAGAGCUACGAUGAUUGUGAGCACAUUCCCAUUCUUUUUAAACCAUGGCAAAAGCUUCUUGAUAUUAUUAAGAAGAGGAGAUGAGAGAACAUAUUUACACCAGAUUGCGUCCAUAUGCUUGCAAUGGAGCUUUACGAAUAUUAGUAGAGUGCUCGUGCGUUGCCACGGGCUCUUGAAAAAGUUUACAAGAGUUACAUGUUAAAUUUCACAUGCACAAACAAUAUAACACAAACACAAUUACUGAAUAAUUGAAGUCCAUUUUGCAAUGAAAAUUGAUAACAAAAAGAAAGACUAACGACAUGUCCAUGUAACAAACUGAGCGAUGUUCCAGCUAAACAUCUAUUACAAAAUUAUCAAUAUCUAGAUGAUGCGCUUAAGAAAUUCUUUAACAAUAUCAGGAAAGUUGUCUUUAGCUUCAUUCCCACGGUGUUUUAGUAGGUAUAAUAAAAACCGCUUCCUCAACUCAUACCCAUCCUGCACAAACAAUAUAUGUAGUUAGUAUGCAAAUUUCAUGCCGAAGGUCUUAAAAUAUGUAACGGACAAUACUCACCGCGCCAACCGGUUUGAUCAAUUCUGUACCGUUCCACCAGAGCAUAAAAUAAAAAAUAAAAUAGCCAGACACAUUCCUACAAUAUUUUAAAUUAAUAAUGUAAACAAUAUAGUGAUAACAAAAAUAAAUGUUUAUUUUAUUAUGAAUUCAUUACCCGUCUAUACUCGUUGGAAUACCAAACGGAAAUAAACGUUGCCAUUUAGAAAUAUCAGAAUUCCAACCAGGCAGCCUAAUUUCGAGUGCUUCUUUGAAAUCCCUUGCAAAAGUUU